AUGGCUAUGAGCCUUUUGCAGGACUGGUGCAGGGAGCUGAAGGUGGACGUGCGUAGGGCCCUGCUGGUCACCGGCAUCCCAGAGGGUCUGGAGCAGGCAGACAUCGAAGCAGUCCUGCAGCCAACCUUCCUGCCCCUGGGCAAGUUCAGGCUGCGGAACACGAGGGCCAUGAGGAAUGAGAAGGCCAAGGCCGCCCUGGUGGAGUUUGUGGAGGGCAUUAAACACUCUGCCAUCCCCAGGGAGAUCCCGGGCAAGGACGGGGUCUGGAGGGUUCUGAGUAAGGAGCGUGCACAGGACACAAGAUUCCUGAGGCAGAUGAAACGCCUGCUGCUGGAUGAAAGGCCUGCGCGGGUCGCGGUGUCCAAGGCCCUGGGGGACACGCCCACCCCUCCCGCUUCGGAGACCCAGGCUCAGGGGUCCGGGCAGGCAGCCGGGAAGGCCGGUCCCCCUUCUGGGGCAGCCAGGAGCUCUAGGAGGGGCCGUCGGGGUCGCAGAAACAGAACCAGAGGCAACAGGUUGACGCAGAAGGGUAGGAAGAGGGGCCGGGGAGGGCGCCCAUCCACUCCCGCGGAGAGCGAGUCUGACGACUCUUCCGUCGAGAGCCUGGGCUUCGUGAUCCGGGAGAUCGAGGAGGGGGACCUGACCGGGGACCAGGAUCAGAGCGCGCUGUACGCAGCGCUCCAGGCUGCGGCGAGGGAGCUCGUAAAGAAGUGUGCCCUCCAGAGCGCCACGGGCGACGAAGACAGUCCCCGGGAGUUCCUGGCCCUGGUCACCGUCACCGAGAAAGCCAAGAAGAAGGAGGAGGCAGAGAAACAGACCCCUGGGGCCGAGCCUAGCCGCUUGAACGUCAAACAAGAAGAGAGCGGUGUCCCCGACUUAGUGGCCCUAUUGGCCGUGAGAGAUACCUCCGACGAGGAGCUGACGUACAGCGACGCUUCGGAGACCACCUCGCAGGACAGCGAGGAGCAAGAUAAAGAGGAGCUGGAAAACCCCGAGUUCGUGGCCAUCGUGGCAUAUACAGACCCCUCAAUCCCCUCGGCCCGGGAAGAGAUGUUGAAAAUCGCUUCUGUGAUCGAGUCGUUGGGCUGGAGCGACAAGAAAGACAAAAAAGAUGCUCUUCUGCAGAUCUUGUCCGUCAUGUCCAAGGAGACCUCCGGGACCCGCGUGAAGGUGGAGGAGGCGGGCCGCGAGGUGGACGCCAUGGUCCUGAGGAAGGCCCAGGACGACGGGAACCUUCUGGAGUGCAUUUCGACCCUGGCCGAGCCAGAGAUCCCCUCCCAGGGCGGGAAGGCUCAGCGCGGGUUUCUCGGGGGCUGGGGCAAGGACGGUGAGGAGGAGGCCGGCCUCCUGGAGCUGGUGGCGCUCCUGGCCGCCCAGGACAUGGAUGAUAGCAUGACGGCGGAGGAGAAGCAAAAGGCCUGGGAGGGCGGGCCGUACCAAUACGCCGAGGGCAAACUGGGGGAGGUCUUGGCUCUCCUGGCCGCCCGCGAAGAGUCGGGGGAGGCUUCGGACGAAGAGUCGCAGGAGGAGUCGGAGGACGCGGAGAGCGAGGAGUCGGAGCCCGAGGACCCGGCGGCCAGGAAGCCCCGGGCCAAGAGGGCGCGCACCGGGCCCCGCGGCCCGGCUCAGGCGGGCGCGGGCACGGCCGCCGCCCCCACCCCGCCCCGGGCUCGCACGGCUCGCGGGGGCGGCCAGGGCGUCACUCCGGAGAAGAAAGCCGCGAGCCGGGCCGCGGCCAAGGCCGACGCGGCGGCGGGCAGCAAGAAGAAGAAGGGCAGCGCGGGCGCCGGGGCCCACGCCAAGGCCGGCGACGCCAAGGGUCAGCCGCCCGCCGGCUCCAAGUCCGCGCGCGGGAGGAAGGCCCGUCGGGGCCAGAAGCUGCCCCCCAGAUGCCGCUAG